AUGGACUCAAACCAGAAACCGCUCCCAUCGCCGCCGCCGCCACCACCACCACCACCAAAAAAUGGUAACACCAGGGGCCGCCCACCUCUCAUCUCCACGCAGCUACAUGAUGAAGGAGAUGGCAGCGCUGUUGGAGUAGGCGAUAUGGAAGCUGCUGCUCUCCACCGUGGAUCACCACGCGCAUCGCGCCACGAGCUCUCCGGAUCUGGCAGCCACGGGCUCUCCGGAUCUGGUAGCCACGAGCUCUCUAGAUCUGGCCAUCGCCUUGAGGGCAAAGCUGAGGCACCUGCCGAGCAGUGUGGUUCGCCACCACGGUGCUCACGUGAGGUGGCUAGGCUGAGAUUAGCUGGUCUUAGCACCAUUGCUGCGGUGGACGACCGGCCUUACACUUGUGUCGAUUGCUCCAUGACCUUUGGUCGGGAGACGGUGCUGUGUGGGCACAUGAGGUCGCACAAGCAUGGCCACCUCUCCUCUAACUCUGAGGAGGAUGCACCCACACCGAAGAGGAGAAGGAAGAAGCGGAUGUCAAAGAUGAGGACCGUGAAGCCGCUGGAUGCAACAUGGGGCAACCACGCCUGCCGCAACGGGUGCCCUAGAGAUGCCCCUACUGAGGUAAAAGUUUCUGGAUCUGAGUCUAAUGGCACUAUUCGCAACAUAGCGGUCACCCUACACGACAACAACGAGGUCACAGAGAACGACCGCAACGGCGAUGACAUUCCCGUGAUUGUCAUUGACGACGACGAUGACGAUGCAAAUCCUGUCAUCGCUGUCGUGGGGUCUCCUGGAGCUCCUGGCCCAGCUCCUGAUGUGGCGGCAGCUCUGGCCAUGGCUCCAGCUCCAGCGGUGGCCGUGGCAACUCCUAUGCUUGCACCUCAUGCGGCCGCAACAUUUGUGAACAAUGAAGGAGCUCCUGCCGCUGCAUCAACAACGGCAGUGACAAUUCCACUAGCUGCGGCAGUGGCGACCAUCACAAGAGCUGCUCUUGCCACCGCUGUGAGUGCGGGCACUCAAACUGCACCUAAUCUGGUGAAGGGGAACAAUGGCUCUGGUCAAGCUGGUGCUCGCUCUAAAUAUGAUAGCAAUGGUAAAGCUGUUGCUAGGAACAACAAUAGUUGUGGCAAAUCUCUCGCUGGUUGUGGCAAUGCCGACUAUGGAAAGGGUGUUGCUGGCUAUAGCGAUGUCGACUAUAGAGGCAAAGGUGCUGCUGGCUGUAGCAGCGGCAGCCACACCUACAGCACCUCUACUGCCGCUAGAGGUGAGAGCAACAAAGGCUGUGGCAAGGUGUACAGUUGUCGUAAGUGUAAGAACACAUUCUUCUCCACACCCCAGGCGCUAGGAGGCCACACUUCUAGUCAUCACAAGAUCAUGGAGAAGAAGGGUAAGUCAAAGCUAGACAUGCAGAGUGGUCCACACAAGUGCAAAGUGUGCAACCAUGUGUGCCAGACAGAGCAGGAACUCCGUUUCCACAUGAUGAUUGUGCACCCUCACCAUGCUGUUGCUGCAGCUGCUGCUAAGGAAAAGCCCUUCGAAGCGACAGGGAUCAACAACAUAGAUGCAGCUCUGGAUGGCCCUUACAAUACCAUGGGUUGGCAGAUCCUGGCUGGCGCUCCCAGAAGCGCCAUCCUCGCGCUUCUUGCAUCAAUGGCGCCAGUGCACCAGCCACCUCAAGGAACCAUGGCUAUGACUAGCAAUCCUAUGACUAGUCAUUUUUCAGCUGCCAACACGUCCACUGGCUGCCCACUCCGUGAAACUACCAGCAGCAUCCUUCCGGCAACCCCCUUGCACAAUCAAGAGGAGAAUCCACCGGAACAGAUUGCAGUAGUGGCGCCCGGAAACAAUGGACACCACAGCAUCAAUCCUGCAUUAUUCUCAUUCUCAAGAAGACAAGAGAUAGCAGUGGUGCCUGGCAAUGCCAUUGCCAGUAGCUCCUCCACUCCUCGUCCUGGCAUUGCUACUGCUAUUGAUGCCCCUGCCAAUACCAUGGGCUGCCGCUUGCCAUUUUUCCUAACUGGCAGAAGUGUCAUCCAUGCCCCUCCUGUGUCGAUGCCGGUGCACCAGCCAACUCAAGGGAUGGCGGCUAUGGCUGGCAAUCCAGUGACUGGUCAUUUCCCAGCUGCUAUGGCUGGCGAUUGGUACUCAUUCCCUGCAACUACCAGCAGCGUCCUCCCUGCAAUUCCCUUGCAGACUCAAGACGAGAAUCCACCACAAGCGAGAGUGGUGCCUGCAAAUGAAAUGGCAGACUCCUCACAGAAUCAAGCGGAGAAUCCACCAGAGCAGACAGUGCCUGGCAACAACGGAGGUCGCACCAUUCUUCUCUUUGGCACCAGAAUUGCUGAAGGUCAGAAAGAAGUCAAAGAUUAA